AUGCUGUACAGAAAGAUUAAUGCAUAUUUUUGUCCAAUUAUCUACGGUAGUCAAUCACCCAGGUCGACCAAUCCCAUACUCGGAUCCGAUCAAAUUCCAUGCUGGAUCGUAUCGAAACUCGGCGAUGCGGCAAAAUUCUAUCGGAUUCCCGGUGACGGUGUUGCUUUAGAUUCCAUCGAUGUCGGAUCCUAUCGGACACAGUAUUGA